AUGUGGAACCCUUGUGGAACCCUAGUGAGGGAGGGCCAAGAGAUACCAUCAUACUGGGUUGGUGCAGGGGUUGGUGUAGGAGUUGGUGCAGGGGUUGGUGUAGGAGCUGGUGUAGGGGCUACUAUAGGGGGUGCAGGGGCUGGUGUAGGGGGUGGUGUAGGAGCUGCUACAGGGGGUGAUGGUGUGGAGGAGGAGUUUGGUUGGUUGAAUGAAGGCCUGGAAGGAGAAGACUUUGCUGAUGACAUUUUUGGUGAGUCUUCUCCACCUCACACAGUGCCAGAUGAGCCUAACACUGUUCCAACCACUGAUACACCUCAUCCAAACACUGAUACACCUCAGCCAAACACAGAUGCACCUGGCCCAAGCAAUGUUCCUCCUCCAAACAUAGAUUUAGAUGAAGAGUGGGCUGAACCAGCUUUAGAGGAUGAUAUGGCAAGUGUGGAUAGUUCUGAUGAUGAGCAGGGGCCUGGCAAUUUGGAGUUCAAUGAGAGGACUGAUAUGGAAAAUGUUAGGUUGGCAAAAGGGAUGAAGUUCCCAAACUUCCAGGUGUUUAGGAAGGCUUUGAGGGAGUAUGUAAUUCAAAAUCACAUUGAUGUCAAGUGGAAGUUGAAUGAGAAGAAGAAGAUUUCUGUACAUUGUAAGAACAAUUGUGGAUUGAGGUGUUAUGCCUCAAUGGUGACUGGAGAGUGCACAUUUGAGAUCAAGACACUUUAUCCAGAGUGUACCUGCCCCCUAUCAUUUAAAAAUGGGCAAGUUACAUCAGCCUAUAAGGCAAAGAGGUAUUUGGAGGAUUUUUGUAAGAAUCCUAAUUAG